UAUGCGCUUAUCAGCGCUCCUCUUAACCGCGCUAUGUUUCGUUUAAAAUUCAGAAAUCAACGCUCACUUUCCUCGAUCGUCGAUGCCUUCUCUAUCUCACUCUUUCCUCUACUCUAAACUUCAUCAGCAUGAACAAAGAAAACGAAUUAGCUUCUCCUCAUACUCCAUUAAGACAGGAUUUACUAACACCCGAACAAAAAGCUCGAAUUUCCCUCAGAUUCAAAGCUGCAAAGGCCCUUCUUGCUCGCAAAAAGCGUCGCUUUUCCACCCCUCCACUUCCCCCAAUCACGACUCUGAAUGAACUCGGUAAUAACUGCUCGGGAGAGAGAGUGCCACUGAAGGAUCUGCAGAUAAAUUCAGGGUCUCUAUCUGCAUCUAGGGUAUCCGAACCAAGUGACAAUAAAUAUGUUGGAGCAUAUUCAUUAAUGUGUAAGUUUACAGAUGGAUUUGUUGAUGGUGAAAGUACAAGUAAGAUAAUUGGAAACUCUAAAGGUGAGAACCUAUAUACUCCAACUAACAAACAAGUGCAUCCAUUAGAAUGCUUUAACUCGAGUGAAUGCUCAUCAAUUUCUAGUGUUCUUGAUGAAGAUUUUGACUCAUCAAUUUUAGAAGAAAUUGAUUUGUUGUGUGAUGGGAGUUCAGUGAAACAACUCAAAAGGGAAGUAGAUACAGUUAGUCAACUCGAGAGGGAAGUUGAUAGCAGUCAGGACCCUGUGCAAAAAAUUGAAACUAAUAAUGGGAAUGACAGAAAUACAAGGCCCUCUUCUCAGACCAGGCUUGAAGAUCCACAGGGUGUUCAAGGUGAUGUUUCACGAUAUUUAUUGGGGAAAAUAGACCUUACACAAGCCAAAGUGUUCUCAGGUAAAGAAUCUUAUUUGAAGUAUUUGGAGUCACUAAAUGAGGAUCAAUGGGCAGCUGCUUCUACUGAUGCUUCAACACCAUUGAUGGUUGUAGCUGGUCCAGGAAGUGGAAAGACGUCGACAAUGGUUGGACGUAUUCUGGUGCUGCUAAAUAAGGGCAUUGGUCCAUCCCACAUUCUCGCAAUGACUUUCACAACAGCAGCAGCUUCUGAAAUGAGAGAUCGGGUUGGAGCAGUAGCUGGAAAGGAAUUAGCCAAAGCAUUAACCAUCAGCACCUUCCAUUCGUUUUCACUGCAACUCUGUCGUGCUCAUGCUGAUAAGCUGAACCGCACAUCAGAAUUUCUAAUUUAUGGGCAUGGUCAACAAAGAAGAGCUGUAAUUGAGGCAGUUCGUUUAACUGAAAGCAAAAGAGAGAGACAAAAUCGUGAUAAUUCUGAGACAACCAUGUCUUCUGAUGAUGUAAAUAAUUUCAAGGAGAGGUCUCAAAAAUGGCAGAAAUUUGUGACUAAGGCUAAAGCGUCUGGUAAGACACCUGAAGACUGCUGUCAGAAGGGUGAUCAGUUUGGAGCCUCAGUCCUGAGCCAUUACAAUGAUAUAUUAAGAUCUUGUAAUGCUCUAGAUUAUCAUGACUUGAUCAGCUGCUCAGUUAAGCUGCUUACUGAAUAUCCUGAAGUCCUCGAGGAAUGUCAAGCAAUUUGGAAAGCUAUCAUCGUAGAUGAGUUUCAGGACACAAGUUCUAUGCAGUACAGCCUUUUAAGGCAUCUGAUAUCCCAUGGACAAAUAACUAUUGUUGGUGACGAUGAUCAGGCCAUUUUUGGUUUUAAUGGGGCUGACAUAUCUGGAUUUGACUCAUUUCGUAGAGAUUUCCCCAGCUACAAAGAGGUACGGCUAAAGAAAAACUACCGGUCUACUCGCUGUAUUGUUGAGGCUGCUGCUUCUCUUAUUCAGCAUAAUGCAAAACGGUGCAAAAUGAAACAAGUACUUACAGAUAAUUCUUCUGGUUCUAAGAUAACAUUGAAAGAGUGUUGCACCGAGAGUGCACAGUGUGCAUAUGUUGUUGAUAAAAUAUUGGAAACUGUGCUGAAUUCCUCAGAACCUAAAUGUUCUUUUGGCAAUAUUGCAGUUCUUUACAGGAGGCAGGUCUCAGGCAGAAUUUUCCAAGCAAACUUUCGCGAUAGAAAAAUUCCUUUUAAUAUUCAUGGUGUUGCCUUCUACAGAAAAAAGGUAAUAAAAGCAAUCUUGGCUAUGGUUAAGACCACUUUGCCUGGGUGUGAUGAUGGUGCGUUUCGUCAAGCAUUCAAAACUUUGUUGCCAUAUGAGAAAGAAGAAAAGAUGAAGGUAAUUGAACACAUUGAUAAAGUAUCAACUAUAAGGAAGUGCAGUUUUGUUUCAGCUGCAUCAGACAUAUUCACUGCAAAAGUAUCCGGUACCUUCAAGAGAAGUCAACUCAGCCAAGGACGAAAAGUGCUUUCGACACUGGAUAUGAUAUCAAAACUUGUAUACCGGGAACAAUCAAUAUCAUCUGUUAUGACGUCUGUUGCAAAUCUCCUCCCUCAGAAAUAUCUUCUUGAAAAACACGCAAUAAUCAAUGUUGAUGGAGGGAAAUUACUCAAUGAAGACAGUGAUCUCAGAUCUGUGCUUGAAUACUUACUAGAUGAUGUAACUGAGUUUUUGUCUUCAAAGUUCGUUCCUAGGCAAGCUGUAAUUGAUGGAAUCGCAGAAAACAAAGGGUGCAUCCACGGACUUCAGGCUUUUGUGGACUAUAUUUCUGAAAGAGAGAAGGAAAAUUUUCGCUCAAGGAGACAAAAUAAUCAAGAUUCUGUUACACUGACUACGAUUCAUCAGUCAAAAGGCUUGGAAUGGGACAUUGUUUUCAUAGUUAAGGCAAAUGAUUCUGAGAUUCCAUUGUUACAUGAGCAUAAUGGUAUUACUAAGGAACAUGGAAACUCUCUUGAGGAAGAAAGACGUCUAUUGUAUGUUGCAAUGACUCGGGCUCGAAAAAAGCUUUUCAUUUUGUAUGUGACCAUGGACUCAAACUGGCAGGUACUUCAUCCUUCUCGUUUUCUUCAAGAAAUUCCAGCACAUCUACUGGAAGUUCAGGCUGACUUGAAUCUGAAUGUGAACAAAGUAUUACCUGUCAAAGUCCAAUCUGAAUCUAUGGAGCUUGGAGAAGCUGUAUUGGAAAAUAAUUCUCCUAGCUGUGGAGGAGAUGAAGCAUCAGAAGAGUUGAGAAAUAUAGAAGCAUUUCCUGGUGGAAAUAGUUUCUUGAAAAAGUUCAAUGUGGAUGACCGAGGAUUGGUUUCACGUUUAUUUCAUCAAUGGGCCAAGAAAAAGGCUUUUCAAGCCCCGAGGAGGCUACUUGCCAAGGUUCACUUUGUAGUCGAUGAACGCAUAAGAAUCAAGAAGGGGAACAACAAGGAUACUUUUGUUGCACUAAAGUCAUUAUUAAAGUGUGAUGAAGCAUUUCAAUUUGCGGAGUAUGUUAUAAAGUGGGCAAAAAUACCAUCUGACAAACGUGUGUACCUGACGAGGGAAAGACAGGAACAUUUCCAAAAACUGCGGAUGGAAACUGCAAUGGGUUCAUCAUCCCCAACCUCGAAACAGAUUGGUUAUUUGCAUAAAUUGGGCUGCACUAUCGUCCCUGAAUCAAAACUGCAUGCUUCACGGUUGAUUGAACAGUACAGAACUCUGUAGGGAGUAUGAAAAUAUGCUCUCUGCUACUGCUUAAGUUUCUGUGUCUAGCAUCCUGCUCACUCAAGGGAUACUUAUGAUUUAGUUCUGAACUUACUCAUUCUUCUGAUGUUUCUGAUUUCGUCAUCAAUGAUAAUAUGGGAUUGUAAUUUUUGAUUACUUCAGAGUCCAGCGUAAUCGUAUGGAUUUUGAAUUUGUUUGGAGUUAUUCUUUUCCGCAUUUUUUAGAAGUUCACUUUUGUAACUUAUCAAUUUUGGCACUUCAGUGAGACUUAUGCCUAUAUAUAUAUACAAAGAAAUUCCUUAUUUAUAA